CAUCAUCCCAAUAGACGCGAUUUAUCGGCCAGUUCCUCAUCGCUUGGUAUAGUUCAAGCUCCAUUGGCCUCAUCAAAGCAUCCUCCAUCUGCUGCAGCUCUCGAGACACAGUGGAGGAGUGUUUUUCUGGUUAAAAUGUCUCUUGUCUUGUUGUUGCCUGCAUGGGCUCCCCGCUCUACCCUGCUUUAUUAUCAACAUACGGACCUGUUUACACCAGGACCUUCGUUUCCUUCUUUGAUGGAUGACGCGGCGGCACUCGAAAACAAAUGCAAAGCAAAAGGUUUGAAAAUCACGGGCCUUGAGCCCUCACGGGGCGUUUUUGGUCGGUUUCUUGGACCUUCGAAUCACCCCAAGCCUCCGCCGGGAACCAUGCAUCUGGACCCCUCCCCUUGGAUGUUAUACGAGAUUUUAACACCCGACGCAUUUUGCCCUCGUCUGCGUCGCUACUGAUGACCGCCUUCAGAUUCGGGGACGCAGCAUGAAGGAUUCAAAGAGCUCACGAGGGGCGGGGAGGGGGGCUAGAAGUUCAUGACAAAGGCUCCUGACGCUCGAAUGUGUGCUGUUCGAGGAAUUGGAUCGACUGCCAGAGAGUCUUAUAUAGGCAGUCAUCACUUUAAGCACCGCCGGACCUUGUUCAGUAUCAACAUGUCGACAUUAGCC